AUGCCAUCAACCUCCAGCGCUACCGUAGAGAAAUGGCAUGAUCCCCGGUUAGCUGCUCUUUACUUAGAUGAAGCUGAUGUCGUGGGAAUUGAGAACCCAAAACAUCUACUGGUUUCGUGGCUUGUAGAAGGAGAAGAAAACCUCUCCAGUAUCUCUGUGGUUGGAAUGGUUUCCAAAUCAUUUGCAUCCACGGAGCUUCUACGAGUUGCUCUGCAGGGGUUUCUGGUGACAGCAAACGAACCUGUUCCGGAUAAUUUGCAAUCAAUGACUGACUUCCAAUUAAUUGAUGCUCUAAGAAAUUAUCUAUGGAGAAGGAGAAUUAUCUUCACUACACGUUUAAGUAACUUGGCUGAAUCUAUAGAGAACACUAGUCAUGUUUAUGAACUCCAAGCUUUAGCAGAAAAUGAAGCUUGGAUCCUCUUUUGUAUGAAAGCCUUCAGAGGGGAACAUAAGGCUGUAUGCCCUCCAGAACUAGAAGAGAUGUCUCGAAAUAUCUUAAAGAAGUGUGAGGGACUGCCACUUGCAAUUGUAGCAAUAGGAGGCCUACUGUCGAAGAGGAAAAACGGAGGUUUGGAAUGGAAGAAAGUCCAUGACUGCCUAGCUACAGAAUUGAAAAGUAACGACGACCUUGGGAGUCUACGUAGAAUACUUCAACUAAGUUAUGAUAAUCUUCCUUACUACCUCAAACAGUGUUAUUUGUAUUUAAGUGUUUUUCCAGAGGAUUAUUUGAUAAAAAGAAGGAAGUUGAUCCGGCUAUGGAUAGUUGAAAGAUUUGUGGAAGAGAAGCAAGGCUUUACAAUGGAGGAAGUAGCAGAGGAAUACCUUAAUGAACUCGUGAAUAGGAUUUUGAUCCAAGUGGUGGAGAUGAAUUAUUUUAAUAGGGUCAAGACAUGUCGUGUUCAUGAUCUAAUGCGAGAAAUCAUUCAAAUGAAAUCCAGGGAAGAAUCUUUUGUUAUGAUGGCAAACGGAACAAGAAUCAGCUAG